GGAAGAAUUAACAAGAGGGGCAAGGGGCAAGUCAGCCCUCCCCCGUCUGAUCGGAACUCGCCGGCGGAGCGACCCGCUGAUGCGGUGCCCAUGGCGACGGCGCUGCUCUCGUUCUUCCAGAGCCUGUGGCCGCUCUCCGCCCGCCUGAAGGAGGACGACCUGGGCGCGUCCGCGCGGCUGGUGCGGCCGCUCGCCGUCCCCGAGGAGACGAAGCAGUUCGUGCUCGCGCUCCGGGAGCCCGAGUCGCGGGGGCUGAUCUACAUCCUCGCGGCGCAGAACCUGUCCGAGCAGUCCGCGGCGGACGCCGGCCACCUGAUCAGGGCGGUCCGCCCCGGGGCCGUCAUCACCCAGGUCGCGCACGCCGAGGUCGACGACGUCUGGAUCGAGGAGGAGUGCCUGGCCGAGGGCGGGGCGGGCGGCGUGCCGGCGUCGCCGUUCCAGGUGAUCAAGCGCUGCGUCACGGAGAAGAAGAGCAAGGAGCACUAUGUGAAAUCUGCCGCCUGCCAGGUCCUGCAGGAGAUUUUCGGGGUCGGGUUCUACGGCCACCUGUUGGCUGCCAAGAAAGCCGCGGAGGAGACAGGGUCACAUUUUCUCUUGCUUGGCUCUCCUUACGAAAAAAACUGCAAUGGUGGUGGUGGAUCGAGCAACGAAAACAGUUCAGACGAUAGCUCAGCCCAGGACUCGAAGGCUAGCUGCUCGCUCCCUCAGACCGCCAUGGAUGAUAAUAAAUCUGGACAGAAAUUACAGGGCAGCUGCUUGGUCACUCAGGGUGCCACUUCAACAGCGAGCUCCAAUGUCAGGAACAUAUGCCUUGUUGAUGAUUAUGGAAGACAGAUCCUCAAGUCGCUAGCUCCAACUGCUAACUUGCUGCUGUCCCAAGCUAUCUCUUCCACCGCUGUUACCGAGUGCAGAUUGUCAGAAUGCAAGCCAGCCGACGGAUAUGAGCCUCCACUUUUUGCGCAGACUGUCUACCCUUUGCUCGCCGACCUUUAUGCUAUAUUUAUCGACACUCCGGCAAUCGUGAAGGCUAUGUCUUCUGUGCAGAUGCUGCUCACUCAGGUUCACAGGGGGAAGCCAAUUUGCAGUGAAAUGUUAUCUGAUGUCUAUGCAUUUGGAAUUGCAAUAGAGGCUCUCAGAAUAUGUUUGAACAAUGCAGGGAGACGCCGCAUUGAUGCAAAAGAUAAUCAUGGUUUGGAAAAGCUGGAGUUUGCUGAACUCCCUUCUGAGGAGAAGUGCCACAUUCUUCUCGUUCAAGCUCUCAGAAGUCAACUAAGGGAGUUUGGUUCUGUCGUAGCUGUAGUUGAUGCCAGUUGCUUAGCUGGAAUAAGGAGACACUGGAACACUCCUGUUCCUUCAGAGAUCACACAAUUAGCUGGCAAGUGCUUCAGUCAUUAUGGCAACAAAAAUGAUGGUGAUAGCAGUGAGCUGCCGUUGGACAGCACUGAUAAAAAGAGUUGGAUAGCUGAGAAACCUGUCGUCGCAGUUGGUGCAGGAGGAACAGCAAUUCUUGGUUUUUCAUCUUUGUCAAAAACUGUUCAGGCUUCUGCUGUUUUUAAUUUGGCUCCCUAUAAAACUCCAGUGGUUUUAAAGUAUGGCUUAAUGAAGCUGCAAAGACAUGCCGGCGUUGUAUUAAGCAAGCUCCUCUCUCAUGGGGUUGUUAGUGCUAGUUCCAAGUCAUCUGCUUUACAGUUCACGGCUUCAGCAGAGAAGAUUCGAGCUGUGACGCACACUGUUAUAACAUCAGCAGAGGGAACUAGUAUAUUGGCGAUGCGGACAUCGUUCUAUGAAAUAAUGCAGAAGAGGCGCAACCGACCUUUCAGAUUAACUCCUUGGGCAACAUUUGGUUUUAGCAUGGUUGCAUGUGCUGGCCUCGUGAAGCAUGGCGAUGGGAUUGAGUGCGCCGCCGCGGCUGCACCUUCUGUUCCCAUGAUUGCCUCCCUGGGCCGUGGUCUUGAGAGCUUGCGUGUCACAUCACAAGAAGCGAGGCAAACGAAGGGCCAAAAUGUGAAGGAAGCUUUGCUAACAUUCUUGAGCAGCUUAAAGAAAUCAGUAAAAUAAAGGCACAAUAGUUUACAACUGAAACUGUAUAGAUUUCAUCAUGCAAUUUUGUCAUUAGGUUGAGCUUUUUUACAAUCUGUACAGUGCAUUCUUCCUGUUUUUACUGAUAUAAUGAAAUUCUCAUGGUAUGCUA